AUUGAAACAUGAAAUAAGGAAUGAAAUACAAUUAAAAACGUAUCAAGAUGAAAACCAAUUUUAUCAGAAGCAAGAGUUUAUAAGGCGGAGAAAUAAACCGGGUCCGCAGGGUAAGCUGUUGUUGAUAUCAGUUGAACACGUUUUCAUUCUUACAUUUUACGUUAUCAUCUCUAUCAUUUCCCUCAUUUCUUCUAGUUUUUUAAUCAAUUUGUGAUACAAUUCCUAAUUAACGGUGAUUAUAAGUUAUUAUUUUAAGUGAAUCAUCAUGAGUGAAGUUAAACCAGAAGGUGAUCAAGUUAAAGUUGAAAUUGUCAAAGAUGACAAGAAAAAGAAGAAGGAAGCUGAAAAGGCAGCUAAAAAAGCUGAAAAGGAAGCCAAAUUCAAAUUAAAACAAGACAAAUUGAAUCAAGCCAAGAAAGAAGGACCGGUCAAAGAUAAAGCUAAAGAUGAUAAGAAAAAAGUUAAAGAGGUGAUCAUAUACGAGGGAAAUACUAAAGAAGGUGAUGAAAAAGAUUUAAGUACACCUAUGCCUUCAGCCUAUUCACCUGAAUAUGUUGAAGCUGCUUGGUACUCUUGGUGGAAAAAGUCUGGUUUCUUUAAGCCUGAAAUAAAUGCUCCUCAAGGUGAUAUUACCAAAGACAAUGGUAAAGGUAAAUUUGUUAUGGUUAUUCCGCCACCUAAUGUUACUGGAUCACUUCAUCUUGGCCAUGCAUUAACGUGUGCAAUUCAAGAUGCUAUCACAAGAUGGAAUAGAAUGAAAGGAAAGGUUACUUUAUGGGCUCCUGGGUGCGAUCACGCUGGAAUAGCAACUCAGACUGUAGUUGAGAAAAGGCUACAACGAGAACAAGGAUUAACUCGACAUGAUUUGGGAAGAGAUAAAUUUAUUGAAGAAGUAUGGAAAUGGAAAAAUGAGAAAGGAAAUCGUAUUUAUGAGCAGUUUGAGGCUCUUGGCUGCUCCGUUGACUGGGAUCGAGCUACUUUCACCAUGGACCCAAAGAUGUGUACCGCUAUAACGGAAGCUUUUGUUCGAUUACAUGAGGAAGGUUUAAUUUAUCGUGCCAAAAGAUUAAUUAAUUGGUGUUGUACCUUGAAUUCGGCUAUAUCUGAUAUUGAAGUAGACAAGAUAGAAGUAAAAGGACCUACACCUUUCCGUGUUCCAGGCUAUGGCAAUGAAACUGUUGAAUUCGGUAUUUUGGAACUGUUUGCUUACCCUGUUGAAGAUUCUGAUGAAAAGAUAAUUGUUUCAACCACUCGUAUUGAAACUAUGCUUGGAGAUACUGCUGUUGCUGUUCAUCCAGAAGAUGCUCGAUAUAAACAUCUUCAUGGUAAAUAUGUAACUCAUCCUCUAUUAGAAAGGAAAAUACCCAUUAUUUGUGAUGAUUUUGUUGAAAUGGAGUUUGGUACCGGGGCUGUCAAAAUUACUCCAGCUCAUGAUCAUACUGAUUAUGAAGUAGGUAAACGUCACAAUUUACCUUUCAUAGACAUUCUCAAUGAUGAUGGAAGUAUAGCUGCCGGUUUCGGAAAAUACUCUGGAAUGAAAAGAUUCCAUGCUCGGAAAGAAAUAGGAAAAGAUUUGGAUGCUUUAGGGCUGUACCAUGGAUCUAAACCUAACCCAAUGGUUGUACCAGUUUGUUCUCGAUCGAAAGAUAUAAUUGAACCCAAAAUUAAGGCUCAAUGGUUUGUUGAUUGUAAAGAAAUGGCAAACAAAGCUGUUGAAGCCGUUAAAACUGGUGAAUUGACAUUGAUACCUGAAAGUCACAAUAAAAUCUGGUUCCAAUGGUUAGAAAAUAUUCAAGAUUGGUGUAUUUCUCGUCAAAUUUGGUGGGGUCAUCGUAUUCCGGCUUAUAAAGUUUCCUGUUCAGAUCCUAAUGUCAAUAUUGAUCCCUCAGAUAAUUGGGUUUCUGGACGUAAUUUAGAAGAAGCUAUGACCAAAGCAUCUGUUAAAUAUUCAGUACCUAAAGAUAAAAUUAAUCUAGAACAAGACGAAGAUGUCUUAGAUACUUGGUUCAGCUCUGGACAAUUUCCUUUUGCAAUUUUUGGAUGGCCAGAAAAAACCAAGGAUCUUGAUGCUUUCUAUCCCGGUGAUUUACUUGAAACAGGACAAGAUAUCAUAUUCUUUUGGGUUGCUCGAAUGGUUAUGCUUGGAAUGAAAUUUUGUAACAAGUUACCAUUUACCAAAGUUUUCCUCCAUUCAAUGGUUCGUGAUGCUCAUGGAAGAAAAAUGAGCAAAUCUCUUGGAAAUAUAAUUGAUCCAGUUGACGUGAUUAGAGGUAAAACACUUGCCGAGCUACAGAAAAUGCUCGAUGAAUCCAAUUUGGCUCCUGCCGAAAUAGAAAAGGCCAAAGCUUCCCAGAGAAUAGAUUUCCCUGAAGGUAUUCCUCCUUGCGGAACUGAUGCCUUAAGGUUCACCCUUUGCGAUUACUUGGGACAAGGUCGGGACAUCAAUUUAGAUAUAAAACGUGUUGAAGGAUAUCGAUCGUUUUGUAAUAAACUUUGGAACGCUGUUAAAUUUAGUUUAAUGACACUUGGUCCUGAUUUCAAACCCAACUCAAAACAUAAUAUAACUGGUCGAGAAACUCGUCUUGAUUUAUGGCUUUUGAGUCGUCUUCGAACGGCUACUGAAAUUGCUAAUAAAGGUUUUGAGGAUUAUGAUUUCCAUUCAAUUACAAGUGCUUGCCAUCGACUUUGGGUUUAUGAAAUUUGUGACAUAUAUCUCGAAUGCAUAAAGCCUUUUAUGCGUGGAGACAAUGAAGAAACCAAAGAGAUUAUUCGUCAAACUCUUUACACUGCUUGUGAUAUUGGUUUGAGACUAUUGCAUCCAUUUAUGCCAUAUUUGACUGAAGAUUUACACAAAAGAUUACCGAGACGAUGUCCAUCAACUGACCCACCGAGUCUUUGUAUAACACCUUAUCCAGAAGUUGAAGAGUUUAGUUGGCAAAAUGAUCCUCAACUGGAAACUGAAUUUUCCUUUAUGUAUGAUUUUGUCCAUAAAAUUCGAUCAAGAAAAGCUAAUUAUGGAGUAGAGAAAAAAGAAGUUCCUCUCUUUGUUUUAUGUGAUUCUCAAGAAACUCAAAAUCGAUUACUGUCAUUCAUUGAUCCAAUUAAGUGUUUGACUCAUUCUUCUUGUUUGGAAAUGCUACAAGCUGGCGCAAUUCCCCCAGAAGGAGUUCCUAUUCCUAUCAGCGAUUCGUGUCAGGCAUACUUAGGAUUAAAGGGAAUAAUCGAUAUUGAUAAAGAGAUUGAAUCGCUGAAGUCUAAGAAAGAACAGCGAGAAAAAAUGUUAAAAGAAUUGACUGCGUCCAUGUCGGAUCCAAAUUUCCUGGAGAAAGUACCUAAAGAAGUUCAAGAAACUAGACGCCAAAAAAUUGAAGAAUUGAACGGUGAAUUAUCAAAAAUUAUCAAAUCAAUUGAUGAUUUUUCAUUGAUUGUAAAAUAGUGAUGUAAUAUUCAGGACUUAUUCAAAAAAUAAUCAUUUUUAUAUUUAUAAUACCCAAAAGAAAACUGUCAUUAAUGCAAUUAUAAGUUUAUUGAACAAUCUGAAUAAGCAAUCAAAAGUCGUUUGAUUUAAAAUUAUCUUAAAUAUUAAUAUUU